GCGACCGUGGCGCAAGACGAGGCUGAUGUCGGCCGCGCUUAUUCCCCUUUAUCGCAUCUUCUCCCUAUUUCCGUGAUUCGUUCGUUUGUUUUCUCUUCCGGGAGGCGAGAUGGAACCCUUUCCCAACAGCCAGGCGAGCACACAGGGCUGGCGGGAGACGCAGGAGGUGGCAAGCCAGUCAGAGUACGAAUUGGCUGACAUAGAGAAUGUCUGGGGUCGACUGCUCUCCGUCAGGGAAAAUGUCUCUGUUUAUAACUUAAGCAAAAACUCCUACACUUUCGGUAGAGGAGACGCCGACCACCAGUUCACGAAGGACCAUUUUGACAAUUCACUCCUUCCGGCCAUUUCAAAAAUACACUUUCGCGUGAGUCGUGAGACCAAUAUCAAUGAUGUGGUCCUCCUGGAAGACCUGUCUUGCAAUGGCACUUUUGUCAACAAGAAGCAGGUUGGCAGAGGGAAGAAGGUCGUCCUGCAGAAUAACGACGAGAUCUCCCUCGCACACGCUAAUAAAAAAGUAUUUGUGUUCUACGACUGCCUGCAAAACGACGACAGCAAUUACCCCCCGCAGUUGACGCAGUUGUACACCAUGUCGAAGAAAUUGGGUGAAGGAACUUUCGGGGAAGUCAGAUUGGCAUAUAAGCAGGACACUCUCGAGCGCUGUGCUGUCAAAAUCCUCAGGAAGAAAGGCAGCCAGAUUGUCCUAAAUAAUAUUAACUCAAUCAACAAUGAAAUCAAACUUCUUCAAUCAGUGGACCAUCCGUGCAUUAUCAGGCUACAGGACGUGAUCGACACUCCGGAAAAAAUCUACAUUGUGAUGGAGCUUGCCGAGGGCGGGGAGCUAUUUGACCGGCUGGCCUCCAACCGCAGACUACCCGAGUCGACCGUCAAAUUCUACUUCUACCAAUUGGCACUCGCUGUUCAGUACCUGCACAGGAAGAACAUCACGCACAGGGAUAUUAAGCCAGAAAAUGUCCUGCUUGGCUCAGAUGAGGAAUUCACUCGCAUCAAGCUGACAGACUUUGGCCUGUCCAAGUUUGCAGCAGAUGCCAGCCAGAUGACCACCUUCUGCGGCACCCCAACUUAUAUCGCCCCAGAAUUGCUGGAUUUCGGCCCAUUGUCGUACACCAACCGCGUGGACAUGUGGAGCCUCGGAGUUGUGCUGUUUGUUAGCCUGGCUGGUUACCCCCCCUUCCACGCCGACAACGAUGGCAUGCUGCGCUACCGCAUAAAGAAUGCUGUCUACAACUUCAAUCACAACUGCUGGCAGGAGGUGUCGGAGGAGGCUAAGGACAUGAUUCGCAAGCUCCUGGUUAGCAACCCUGCCGAGAGGCUGGACAUCGAGGGGGCGCUCAGACAUCCUUGGCUACAGGACACGGCCAUGCAGAGAAAGGCCCUGGACCUAAUCAACCAAGACAGCAGGCUCGUGUCGCCCCAGAAGAAGAGAGCGCUAGAAGAUGACGGAGACGAUGAGGGCGUAGACCUAAUAAUGCCUGAUAGUAAAACGCCUAAAAUUCAGUCGCCUACUUUGAACAAGAGAUUUUAAAGUGCUACAGGAUAGUUCUUUGACACUAGGGUUGAUUUUGUAUAUUGGAACGAAGAAAAUGUGUAAUUAGUUUUCACAUAGAGAGCAUUCCACACAGUAAUUGAGUAUAAGUCAGGGCAUCUCUUGUUUUACAGUCAGUUGACACAGGACUGAUUGUGAGCUCUUCAAUAUUCCCUUCCAGAUAUGAUAUUCUGCAAUCAAAUGUAUUAUAUUGUGAUUCUGUUCCAGUAUUGAUAACGGCCUCAAACCCAAGUGGAAGCGAAGUGCGAAGAGAAAGUGCCUACUUGGGGCUGCAGUCAGCUGUGAUCAAAAGAAGUUAUUUCUUUAUUUCUUCCAUCCAUCGCCUUUUCAUUUCACUUCUUUAUCAUUCAUAUUUCUUAUUUAAUGUUAUUUGUUCACACAAACCCCUAUGAUAAGAUGGCAAACCAGUAAAUAAAAUAAAGCUUGAUACUUAUAGUGAUGA